AUGUCUUUAGGCCGUUAUCAUCUCGGAAGCAGUGGCCGUCAUGGCCAACUCGAUGAAUAUGGUCAAUCUCAACAGCAGAAUUAUGGCGGAGAUCAGUCUCGCGAGUCUAACUUUAGAAGUGGAGACAUCCAAGGAACAUACAACCAUGGCCCAGAUAGGAAUGCCAUGAAUCUCCCUCCUUUGAACCCGACUGAUAGCAUUGCUCCAUCACCACAUCCGACAAACAACUACCGUCUACCCCCAAUCAGCUCGGUCCUGAGACCACCUGCUCCAUAUACAUAUCAUUCAGCGCAGGCCUCUAGUACUACGAUCCUAAGAACGCCAGAGAAUUUCCACGUUCCUGCAGCUCGCUUGUAUUCUAAUACGACUAGUCAGUCACAGCACUAUCUAGCUUCCGAAUUAAGAAGUCGUGAGGCUCCUUACCAUCCGAGUGAUACAGGACGCUCUCAAGAAUCUGGCAGUCAAAAGUACCCCCUAAAUACACAUCAACUACACGCUUUGAAACACGAAGGCAACAAGGGCACGGAUUCCAUGCAGCAAUUUCAGGCUGUUAUUCCGACUUCAAUGCAGAGAUCACUUCCUCCUUUGGGUAGGCCAGGAAGAGAUAUAGCUACUCCAUCGUCUAGACGGGCAAGAAAAGAUAAGUCUCGGAGAAGACAAGAGCCGAGAGAAAGAUCGAAAUCUUACAGCUCUGAUGAACUCGCAUUUAUGCCGCCCCAACAGCCAUCACAAGGCUAUUGCGAAAGCCUUCGCUAUCACGCAACUGUUAAAAGCCCACAGGUCGUUGAAGACAACAGUCGUGCGACAGAAGAGAUGCCAGCGGAUUCUGACAUGGAGUGUCUUCUGCCGACAUGUAAGACGCGGAUAAGUAAGAAUGCCUCUUUUGGGGCAUGUGGAUCACAUCGUGAUCAAUUAUCAACUUGGGACUUCUCGUAUUGCGAGGCAGAGAUGGGACGUGCAAGUAAAGGAGAGGUCUUUUUUCCUAAUGGACAAUGUCGGAACAAAAAGCCGUCUGGUAAAAACCGCUGGUGCGCGUAUCAUGGAUUUAAAGCUUAUCGUUGGAGAGACGAAUUUAUGGCUUCAGACUGUAUGAAAGAUGGGAAGUGGUUUUAA